AUGUCCUCACGAUUCUCCCGCCCCGACGACCGCGCCGACCUCUUCAGCACAUACAACCGCAGCGCCUCGCCCUCAAAAACAAAGCACAAGCCGCGGCCCGGCGCUGCCUCAAGCCCCUACACCUCGUACGGCUACACAGCGCCCAGUUCACCCGCUUAUCCUGGAUCCGGUAGUGCAGCGAGUUUAUACCCUGGUGGCAGUGGGAGUGGGUAUGGCGUCGGAGGGGGCGAAUUUGACAGGAGGAGGAGUUACGAUGACCGCGGAGGAGAAGGGGGUGCAUAUGAUGGGGGGCAAGGAGCGACGUUUAGGUCGGCGACACCCAAUUCGAGGGGCCAGUACUCGGCGGCUGUGUUGGAUGAGUUGGAGAGUCAGAACGAUGAGCAUGUUGGUGUUUUGACGGGUAAGGUUCGGAUGUUGAAGGAUCUAACACACCUCAUCGGCGACGAAAUCCGCACUUCGACUACGCUAGCGGAGAAGAUGAACGACCAGUUUGAGAACUCGAGAUAUAAGAUCAAGGGCACUAUGAAUCGGAUGCUCGUUAUGGCGCAGAAGACGGGCGUUGGGUGGAAGGUUUGGGUGGGGUUUUUUGCUGCGGUUAUACUGCUGUUUUGGUGGGUUUGGUUGGGGUAG